UAACGGGAUAUGUAGAACAGGAAUGAGUGAUCGGCUAGUUUUUAGUCCGUUUACUAUUUAAGUCUGUGACUUGUUGAUGAUAUCCUGUAAUGGUGACACUUUCUAUGUUCCACUUCUCAUACUUUGUUUUUAUUCUUCCUCUCUUUUUGUCCUCAGGUUGUAGAAAUGUCUGCUGCCAGCUGUCUGCUGACUGAAGAUCAGUUCCUGUGCUCCAUCUGUCUGGAUGUGUUCACUGAUCCUGUCACCUUAUCAUGUGGACACAACUUCUGUAAAAGCUGCAUCACUGAACACUGGGAUGUUAAUGUCUCGUGUCAGUGUCCAAACUGUAAAGAGGUUUUUAAAACAAGACCUGAGCUGAAGGUCAACACCUUCAUCUCUGAGAUGGCUGCUCAGUUCAGACAGUCAGCUCAACAGGAAGCCAGCAGCAGCAGCUCAGAGCAACAAGUUUCCAAACCAGGAGAAGUUCCCUGUGACGUCUGCACUGGAACCAAACUGAAGGCCCUGAAGUCCUGCCUGGUGUGUCUGGUUUCUUACUGUGAGACUCACCUGGAGCCUCACCUGACAGCUUCACGUCUGAAGAGACAUCAGCUGAUCGACCCUGUGGAGAACCUGGAAGGCAGGAUGUGUGAGAAGCACGACAAACUGCUGGAGCUGUUCUGUAAGAACGACCAGAUGUGUGUCUGCAUGAUGUGCACUAUCUUAGACCACAAGACACAUGAUGUUGUUCCUCUGAGAGAAGGAUAUGAAGGAAAGAAGGCCGAGCUGGGGAAGACAGAGGCUGAAAUUCAGCAGAUGAUCCAGAGGAGACGACUGAAGCUUGAAGAGUUCAAACAGUCAGUGGAGCUCAGCAAGAAGAAUGCAGACAGAGAGAUGGCAGAAGGUGUUCAGGUCUUCAGCGCUCUGAUGGAGACUGUUGAGAGACGCCUAAAUAAUCUGACGGACACGAUCAAAGAGAAGCAGAGAGAGACGGAGGAACAGGCUGAAGGCUUCAUCAAAGAGCUGCAACAGGAAAUCUCUGAGCUGGAGAAGAGAAGCUCUGAAGUGAAGGAGCUCUCACGCUCUGAAGACCACCUCCACCUCCUCCAAAACAUCACGGCCCUGAACGCUGCUCCACCCACCAAGAACUGGACUGGAGUCAGAGUCCAUCCACCUUCAUAUGAGGGGACUGUGGUGAGAGCUGUGGAGCAGCUGGAGGAGACGCUCAGUGAACAGAUGAAGAAGCUGUUUGAGCUGAAGAGAGUCCAGCAGUAUGAGGUGGAUCUGACUCUUGAUCCUGAUACAGCACAUCCUAAACUCAUCCUGUCUGAUGAUGGAAAACAAGUUCAUUACAGUAAUAAGAAGAAGAAUCUCCCAAACAAUCCAGAGAGAUUUGAUCCUUGUGUUAUUGUCUUAUCAAAGCAGAGAUUCUCUUCAGGCAGAUUUUACUUCGAGGUUCAGGUUAAAGGGAAGACUAAGUGGGAUUUAGGAGUGGUCAGAGAGUCGAUCAACAGGAAGGGAGACAUCCCACUGAGUCCUGAGGAUGGUUUCUGGACGAUAUAUUUGAGGAAUGAAAAUGAGUUCUCGGCCUCUGCUGGCCCUUCAGCUCGUCUCUCUCUGCAGUCUGAUCCUGAGAAGGUGGGGGUGUUUGUGGACUAUGAGGAGGGUCUGGUCUCCUUUUAUGACGUUGAUGCUGCAGCUCUGAUCUACUCCUUCACUGGCUGCUCCUUCACUGAGAAACUCUACCCAUACUUUAGUCCUUUUCUGAAUAACAAGGGUAAAAACUCUGCUCCUCUGAUCAUCUCUCCUGUCAACCAAACUGAGGAGAGCAACCACUGAGUUUCAGAGAAAGGUUGAUGUCAAAGAGAACACCUGAAGAGGUGUCCAUCAUCACAAAUAUCUUUAAGGCCUUUAAGGUGUCCUUUAGUUCCUGAAUAUGACCCUUGAUGUGUUUCAUCCUGCUGACAGCAUGCUCACUCCUUGAAGACAAACAUUUCUUUCAUGAGAUUAAAAUUAUAAUCUGAGUUUUAUAACUGUUAGAGUCAAAUUGUGAGCGUCUGCAGAGAGUUGGUGUUAACAGCAGCGUGCUGUUUACUGUAGAGGAGGUGACAUGCACAAGAUUUCAGGUGACCAUGACCACAGUUACACCUCUUCUUGACAUAUAAAGGAUUGUUUUUGUAAAUAGAAUCUGUAAAUAUGACUUUGAAGUCACUUUUAAUCAGGGAUUAUCAAUAAGAAUAAGAAUAAAUCAGAGAUUUGAAAAGUCUCUUUAAUUGUUCUUUUUGAUUUUUAGCACAAUUCAAUGCAGUGUCAAAAAUCCACAUUUUCCUCUGUGUAACUUUUCCUAAAUGUCCGUGUGUCAGAUGGAUCUUUUGAUGAGAAGUGUUGAAUUCUGGGACAUAUUACUGAUGAACAGUGUGUCUGAAAAAAGUCAUUUUGUUUUCUUGAUUUCUGUGAAUUUCUGUUGCGUCUGAUCAGGUUCUUUGUUCUUCUUUCAUUGAGCAAAGACAACAAACGAGCUCCUGUGAGAACCUUUCUGUUUGUGUGGGUUUGGCGCCCCCUGCUGUGUUUUCUUCAACAACAAAAUCUCAUUCUGCUUUCAUGUAAUAGUCACAAUUAAUAGUCGAGUCUAUCACUCAUCAAGAAUCUUUGCUGUGGAAAAUUACAAAUAAAUCAAUAAAAGACAUUUUCAGCAGGUUUUUCUAUUUUGAGUCAUUUUGAUCGUUUAUUCUCAGAUUGAUUGUUUUAUUGUAAGAUGCUUUAGACAAUAUUCAAAUAUAUUCUCUAUAUAGUAUAAAGGAGUGUAUUUAACAAAGUUAGAAUAUAGUGAGAUGGUUCUCUUUUUUUCAUACGAGCUCAAAAUGAGAAACUGGAAACAAGAUUUGAUGUUUUUUUUAGCUGU